AUGUUUGACAGAGCUAAGAGUCAAGGUUCUGAACCCAUUCCUUCCUCGCCAAACCGCCUCAAGGCCACCAGCAUGCCACGUAACACCGUUUACUCCGGAGGCUUGUACGGAGGCCACAACGGCAGAUCCCGCCUUACGGAUUUUGUGAGGACCUUCAACAGCCGUUUUCCUGACAGUCUGACACGUCACUUUGGCACCAACAGAGUUUACGUUUACGGGGGGGAGAGAGGUAACAAUGACAGCGCAGAACGCGGUGCUUCCUCACCACCACCCAAGCCCGACCCCGUCAAAGUCCUGACAGUCCGUCAUGUAGACCUGACGGUUCCGGCUAACACAAAAGCUCACAGAACUGACGAGUAUGAUAUCUGUGGCUCACACCAGGAGAGACCGAAGCUCGUGGUCAGGAGGGGGCAACCUUUCAACAUUCAAGUGAAAUUCUCCAAGCCGUAUGACAGUAAGACAGACUAUCUUCGCAUUGCCUUUGAGGCUGGUGACAAGCCCUCACCGGCUAAAGGAACAGAAGUUGAGUUCCUUCUCUCUGACGAGGACAAGCCCAAGGAAUGGGGCGCAAAGAUCCUGAAACAACAGAGCAAUUCGCUGCUAGUGACUAUUUUCACCCCACCCACCUGCUACGUGGGCAAGUGGGAUCUGAAGCUGAAUGUGUUCAAGAAAGAGAACAGCCACAGCAGUGUGGAUGUCUAUCGCUACGAGCACGAAGACCCUAUCUACAUUCUGUUCAACCCUUGGUGCAAAGAUGACACGGUGUAUCUGGACGACGAGAAACUCUUGCAGGAAUACGUUCUCAACGAGAGCGGCAGGAUCUACUCCGGCAAUAGUCGACAGAUCACAAGCAAGCCAUGGAACUUUGGACAGUUCGAAAGCUGUAUGUUGGAUGUGGCCAUGUACUUAUUGGAAAUCUCAGGUAUCCAGUGGCCUGUUCGGGGAGACCCGAUCAAAGUUAUCAGGAAAAUCACGGCCAUGAUAAACUUCGACCAAGGCGACAACGGCGUGCUGGUGGGCAGCUGGUCCGGGAACUAUGAAGGAGGUCGUUCACCUCUCAGCUGGACCGGCUCUGUGGCCAUCCUGGAGUCGUACUGGGACAGCAAACGGCCGGUUCGCUACGGACAGUGUUGGGUCUUCUCCGGUCUCUGUACCACAAUCGCCCGAGCUCUGGGAAUCCCCACAAGAAGCGUGACCAACUUUUCCUCCGCUCACGACAUGGACGGCUCCAUCACUAUUGACAUGAUAGUGGACAAGCACGGCGAAGUGGACGAGGAAAGGUCCGACAGUAUGUGGAAUUUUCAUGUGUGGAAUGAGUCCUGGAUGGCCAGACCGGAUCUACCGGCAGGUUUUGGAGGCUGGCAGGUAGUUGACAGUACACCGCAGGAGUUAUCCGAUGGAACAUACUGCUGUGGGCCAGUUUCCGUGGCUGCCAUCAGGCAAGGGGAGGUAAACAUGCCGUAUGACGGCCCGUUCGUGUUUGCAGAAGUGAACGCCGAUCGUUUCAAAUGGUUCCCUGAUGCAACUGGGAUAAUGAAGAUAGUAAAAAAAGAAACGAACGUGGUUGGAAAAUGUAUUAGUACAAAGAUGCCCAACUCGGAUGAGAGAGAGGAUAUUACACACCAGUACAAGCCGAAAGAAGGGUCUGCUGAAGAGAGGGCAGUUGUUCUGAAGGCCAACCAGCUGGCGUCCACGAAAGAGAACGUCUACAAAACCACUGCACAGGAUGUGGAUUUCGAAGUGGUACAAGAAGCGGCCAAUACGUGGGUCGGUGAAGACUUCAAAGUGUCGCUCAAUCUCACCAACAAAAGUGACGCAGAGCGCACAGUGAGCGGCCGGCUUGUCGUCAAAACAAUGUUCUACACAGGAGUGCUCGCUGACAAAAUUGUCUCUGUCCCCUUCGAGAACAAGAUUCUGAAGAAAGGAAACUCGACUGUACCAGUCAUUGUUAAAGCCCAAGAUUACUUGGAGAAGCUCAAAGACUGCUGUAUGCUGGACGUGUCUGUGUGGGCUUUGGUGCGAGAGACCAACCAAUGUUUCAUCACCAAAGAUGACUGCAGACUGAAGAAACCACAUCUCAUUGUCAACGCACAAGAAGAAGCUGUCAAGGGAAGAGAAUUCAAAGUGGAAGUUUCCUUUAAAAACCCGAUGGACACAACUCUGACUGACUGUAAAGUUACCGUGGAUGGGAUAGGAAAAGCUCUGCAUUUCCCGCAAGGGAACGUGGCAGCUAAAAGUGCGUUCGUCGCCAAACUUCCCAUCACACCAGCUAAGGUGGGCCAGAAGGAGAUGAUUUUCUGCUUCAGCUCGAAACAGCUGGAGGACAUCAACGCUUCCAAGCGGAUCUUUGUGCGCUCCAGAGAUGUCUAAGUCACGUCACAGAGAUGUCUCAUUCACGUCGCCAAGAUGUCUAAGUUACGUCAUGGAGAUAUUUAGGUCACGUCACGAAGUUAGUCACGUCGCAGAGAUGUCUAAGUCACGUCAGACUGAGCCAUGUUACGUGUCACUGAGACUCGAAGCGAGUUGGAGACAAACUCUGCUAAAAAAAACCUUCGCCAAGAAAGAAGUUAAAUACUUAAUUACAGACUAAAUAUUCAAUACUUCCCAAACUUAUUCCUAUUGUUCUUUUUAUAGUAAUAUUAUCACGUGAUAAAUAUUUUUACAGUAUUAAUUAUACAAUGGUAUUGCUAGAAGCAAACUCCAGUCAAUGUUGACUACUCAUAUCGGGUUAAUCUUCCUUUUAUUUUUACCCUUUUUGUCCUUGAACUAUCUGAUUUUUGUCCUAAAGACCUGAAACUGCUUCUGAAUCUACUUGAGAUGGGAAAUUUGAGCUAGACAGCCCUGCCCUAUUGAGGUGAAAUGCUAUUCUAACAAAGGACGAUUAUUACGAUUAAAAAAAACAAAACAAGUUUUCCAUAAUGACAUAGAUACCGUUUUGUUAUGUUGUCCAUGUUUCAAAUGACGUUGCCUUUCCCAUAAAUCUAUUGGGUUUUGGUCAUACAUUCCGUCUCUGCAGAAAUGUUUCUGUUUUUGGAAUAACCUGAAUAUGGCCCUAAAGACUAUUUUCACUACAUGUAUCUAUAUAAACUGCAUGCAAAGAGCGGUGCAAAUUUUUUGACGUUGUCAAAAUGCCAGCAACGCAACCAAACGUUUAUAAGUAAAGUAAGUGUAUGUGUUAAACGCCCUUAUCAGCAUUAUUAGGUUAUUUAAUUGAGAGGUGGGACCUCCGAGUAAAACGUACGUCUCCGAUAGGACCAACACAAGUACAAUAUACUGCUCGCACGAUGAAUCUGACUAAAGAAUGGAUACAUGGCAGGGGGAGUUUUGCUAAUGCUCUUCAUUGUCCUAACCGUUGUUCCUUUUGACUCUCAUCUUUUCUUGUCCCUAAAGCGAUCUUACAUGAAAAUAUUCAGAGCUGAUGUUAAUCGCAUCGCAAACGCACAAGAUUGGCUUCAUUCUCUUGAAGGAGUUUUAUUUUUCUUUAAAGCGGGGAUAUAUUCUGUGAUGAACCGAGGGGUAAACUGCUUUGAUGAACACGUGAACUACCUUUAAAUGUGUCUAGAUGAGGAUAAGACAUGUUUUGUAAGUUUUAAUCAGAUUCAAAUAAAGUACUCGUAAUUAGCAAUUUACUCACAGGCCAUUUUCGUCUUGAUCAUCGGUAGCCCUAGGGUUUCAACAUAGCAAACAGUCUCAGCCAAAUACUGUACGGACGGAUAAAGGAAAGAGGUUUGGUAGUUUAAUUUUUUAAAUAUAUAAUUUUUUUGUUGGGGGGGGGGGGUGAUGAGAGAUGUAGGGACAUUCUCCUUGAUGACGGUUGGAGGAGGGAGAGACCUUUUGAUGGGGUGUACUUCCUUCUCUUUCAUGAGCUCUUGAUCACCUUGAUUAGGCUCGUCUUUGUUUUGGGGAGCCACAACUUUAGCCACCUGGUUCAACUCAAGUUUAAUUCUGCUUCUAGGGUAACUUUGUAUAACAAUCAACGGUUACUGUGAUUUUUCACCAGGGAGGCUCCAGUGGCCGAGUGCCUAUAGUGAGCUCAGGCUCAAAAUUACAUGUUGCAAUAAGGUCAAGCUUGUAUCAGCAGAACAGGUUUUAGGUGGGUGGUCACUGGGGCGUGUUCUUGAGCAAAACGCGGUAACACUAGUUAAAUUAACAAAUUAAAAGUCAACAGAAACAAACAAACAAACACACACACAAACACACAUACACACACACACACACACACACACACACACACACACACACACAAACCCAUGGCGUUGCACAGUGGCAAUCUGCCUAUGUUUGUUUUACGUAUUUUUGCAAAAUGUGAUGUGAUAUAGGCCUAGGUUUAGCGCCGCUAUUUACUGUGAUACUGUGUAUUAGUCUUAUUUAUUAAUAUGUAUUUCUGUAUUCAUUUUAUAUUUGUGUAUUUAUGCCCCACAUUGUAAAACAAAUUUGGCAAGGGAUCAAUGAAGUGGAAUUUAUUUAUUUAUAAUAUUUGUUUAUUUAUCCAUUUUAUUCACUAAUAAAUGUUGAAGCUUCAGAUUA